AUGAAGGUCACUGUUGCCUGCGUCGCUCUCACAGCUCUGAUCUGCUCAGUCAGUGCAGCGCCCAACCCACGCCCCACUGCUCUUGCUGUGCGACAAGAUUGUGAGUCGCACUGCUUUAAGGCCAUUCCUCAGCAUCGCGUGCGCUGUUAGCUGACCGUGAACAUGUGCAUCCAUCAAUUGACCCUUCUGGCUUGGACAGCUUCGUCUGCGUCUACAGUGGCGCCCAUCACUUCCACUUAUGACCCUUCUCAGGGCAUCAAUGGCAAUGGAUGCAGCGGCAACGGCAAUGUCCUCCUCUGCUGUCCCGACGGCUACAGAAAGUGAGUGCGCCUGCACCUGCUCCCUGCGACGUACGUGCCUUUUCACCCUGAUGUCCCUACUCAUCUCUUGUCUGCCCCGACCCGUGCGCUUCGCAGCAAUGUGAUCAACGGAGAGACGACUUGCGUGGCAUCUGGCGGCUCUUUCACCAACGUUGAAGGAGGAUUAACCCAAAUAUUUGGCAGCGAUGAUGUCGAUUCGCAAUCGAGCAGUACUUCGACUCGCUCCAGCUCCAGCCCCAGCCCCAGCUCGAGCUCCAGCUCCAGCUCAAGUGCCUCGCCUACUCCUUCAGGCAAGAACGGAAAUGGGGGAGCAACGAUCAAGAGCUCGGCGUCGGUGAUCGCUAUCGGAGUCGUGCUUGUCGGUGCUGCGCUCGUCUAG